AUGCAACUCAGUGACGACGGCGACGAUGAACACUUCGUCUACCCAGCCCCCUCGAGUAGUAAUAUUCGGGAAGCCACUCCCCCACGUCAGAUUCAUCCCACACCGGCACAACUAGAGUCACUGUAUGCCGCCGCCUCGUCGGGUGACUUAACUCUUCUGAAGCGACUGUUCAAGAGCGCGACUGAGACUGGGGAUGUCCAGCCAUUUAGUUUGGCUAAUGACGCGUCGUCAAGAACGGGGUUUACUGCUCUGCAUGCUUCCGCUAGUCGUGGAUAUCUUGAUAUAGUUACAUGGCGUGAGCCUCUUGCUUUCUUCCCCCUUCCGGGUACUCACCGUGUUCUAGUUGUUGAUGAUUGUGGUGCAAUGCCAGAUUUGGAGGAUAGGGAAGGUGAAACGGCCCUCCAUAAAGCUGCACUCCAUGGCCACAUAUCCAUAGUUAGUUACCUGCUACCAGGCAAAGCCGAUGUACAUGCUCAAGAUGCCGAUGGCUGGACUGCAUUGCACAAUGCAUGUUCCAAGGGUUAUCUUGAUAUCGUGAUGUGGCUCUGCGAAAAUGGCGGCGCGGCGUCCACAAAAAAUGGAGUUUCUGGGGUAGAUGUGCGGAGCAAUGAUGGUUGGACGCCAUUGAUGAACGCGUCUUCAAAGGGGCAUUUGCCCGUUGUGCUGUACCUAUUGACCAAGCAGUCUGCAAACCCGUUAGUACGAAACAAAUGGGGUGAAACAGCUUAUGAUGUGGCAGCUGCUGUGUUCGAGGUAUGGAUAUGCGAGGUUCUUCAACAAGCCGAAUCCAAACGAUGGCAUGCUUCGCCAACCCCGUAUAAUCCCCUCCUAGUUCACACCACGUUGCCUUUACUCUUGUAUGAAAACCAACGUCUUGAUACCAGAGGCCGGCCCAAGUUCUCUGCCUCUGGACUAGGCCGACAUGGACGUCGUCCGCCUUUUGAGUUGAAAUUACCAAAGCCUGAUGAUGAUACUGGCGCACAAGAGAUUGCUGCGUGGCGCAGUGGUGUGCAAUUGCCCGCCCGCGAAGCUCCUUGGGUAUUGCCAAAGCCGGAAGCCGUCACAGAAAAUGUUGAGAGGAGUCACUUUUGGCUUUCCGAUUGGAUCCUCGACAUAUCUCAUUUUGCUGUUGAUCCACAGGAAGGAUGGCAGUAUGCUCAAUCCUUUGGUGAAUCAGAUGAAUGUUGGGUUGCUGAGAAACCUCCUCACCUGGAACGCAUGUUACACGGUAAUGGUGGUUCGACCUCGAAACGUAGCGCAUCGCUGUCAUCUUCAAGUCCUGGUCGGGUUACUCACACUUGGGUUCGACGUCGACGCUGGGUCCGUAUCAUGCGACGUAGACUAGAUAUCCCGCCGCUGCCAUUCCUGGAACCUGAUGGUGCCAUGUAUCAUCUUGAGGCCGACGGUUCAUUGAUUCCUUUUAUCGAAGAGACCCAAAAUGAUCCGAGCGAUGGGCAAGAGCUUGGAACUAUGGCUUCUACAUUUUUGUCCUCUGCACAAGACUACGUGGCGCGCGCACGAUAUCUUGUCGAGAAACAUUCCCAGGAUCUCGACUCAAAUGCGGCCCUUACCUCUGCUGUUGAGACCCGUCGCGCCAUUGCCAAUUUAGAGCGCUCUACAACGGAGUUAAGGCAAGGAAUUCUCGGAGAUGACGAUUCCGAACGCAAAAUUCAAGCGGAAGUACUCCUCAAUGCGUAUAGUCGGGAACUUGAACGUCGUCGGCUCUCCGCCGGCGCUCUGGGCCUCCUUGCCGAACAUGAUGAUGAACAAUUUGAUAGUGGUGACAACAGUUCCGAUGAGGAAUUUCACUACCCAACCUCUCCUCCGUCACGCGAGAUGGCCCGACUGUCCUCGACUUCGUUUGCAUCUACUGAUCACUUCACUCGACCAGGAACUUCUCGUGUCCCUGCAGAUCUCACUCCCCAGCUCUCACAAGCACCGGACUUUCGCGUGCCUACGCGUGAGGCACCUCAAAAGGUGAUAUCGCAUCAAUGGAUCUCUCCUUCUCCCCAUGGGUCAAAUGCGCAGUGGGAAAGAGAUGAAAGCGUGAAACAAUGUCGUGAAUGUCAACGGCGGUUUAAUUUCAUUCUCCGUCGACAUCAUUGCCGUAAAUGCGGCCGGAUAUUCUGCGAUCGUUGCUCAUCGCAUUGGGCGUCACUCGAUCCUUCGGAUAUUGUUUACGACCCUACAUCACCAGACGUGCCAGCUUCCGCGACCCCACAGCGCCUUUGUCAAGGAUGUUUUGAUGAAGUCAACGCAGAUCGCCCCGACAAGUUACGUGACGGAGGCACAUCCAUGGAGUGUGUUAUUGUUGACCAAGAGAGGCUGACGAUACCCGGACGCCUGACGACAAUGCAACGCAGUUCGCAGCUCAGUGAUCUGGCAGACUGUCCCGUUUGCAACCAAAACCUCGACGACGUUGGAGGAUCGUCAAAGCAAGAAAUUCACGUCAAGCGUUGUUUAGAGGGCGAAUCCGGUUCUACUCCCCAAGCCGCCAAGUAUUUCGUAUAUUGUCUCCCAGCGGCAAGCCCCUUGAUCGGCAUUCAGUGUGUCAUCUGCUUGGGAGGAGAGUUCGUCAAAGGAACUUCGGUCGGGCGCCUAAGCUGUUUCUGCAGUUUUCACAGUGCUUGCCUGUCUUGUUGGUUACAACGGGGAAAAGAUUGCCCAGUGCACGCGCGUUGA